GGUAACGGACGGAAGAUCAGGUUUACCAUACGCUUCAUGUAUCAUAAGUGUACCAGACGUACUUUCAUUCUUCAACAGCUGCAUGAAGAUAUGGAGCGUUUAAUAUGAUGUGCUCUGUGAUGUGUUCCUUUAAUAAAAAAUUGAUUUUACAUUCUUAAUUAAAACAUGGAUGGUUUUUGACACGGAUUUGAAGAGCAUCAUGUUUUUGUCACUCAAAAUAUCUUGGAGGAAACUGGGAGAUCCACCUGUAAGACGCAUUUAGCUGGUCUCCGGUCUUGCAUCUCAGCCACAAUGUUUUCCACCUGGAUGCUGCAUAUGAGUGUAGUUGCUCUGCUUGUCAUAACCACCAGCGCUGACCAGUGUGCACUUCAUAAUGUCACACCUGGGACUGGGUCUCCAGUUAUGGAUUCUUUGCAGUGCUACAAUGACUUUACGACCCAGGUACAAUGCACAUGGGAGGAAACACAUGUUCAUUCACACACAGCAGGAAAUACAUCAUCACAGACAUUGUACUACAAGGACAUAAGACGUCAUUACAAAAAUGACAUACUUUGCAUCUCGAAUGGACCCGGUGUGCUUUUAUCCAAUGGGAAGGUCUCUCACAGCUGUCACUAUAAAACCAAAAGGUUUAGCAGUGGAACAUCUCACAUUCUAUUCUUCGGAGUACCCUGUAUAUCAAAACCCACAACUUUUAGGGUAGCCCAGCAGGGAAAAGUUCUCACCCCGAUUGACUUGACAGAGAAGUUGGCUGAUGGGAAAGGUCAUCUGCUGUCCUGGAGAAGCCCUUAUCCAGCAUCCUCAAAUAUCACAGGAACACUCGUGUACCAGCUUCAGUAUCGCAGAUAUGGGAAUGACUGGAUAGUGGUGGACAACAUCAAUGCCUCUAAGUAUAUGAUUGAAAGGGAGUCACUGUUGCCGGGGUAUCCUUACCAAGCCAAAGUGAGGGCGCGGGCCACUGUUGGACUCUGGAGUGACUGGAGCUCCCCAGUGUCCUGGAGAACACACAGUGAUGGUGUCUUUAACCUGCAGUGUGUGAUAGAGGGAGAAACCAUUGUGACUUGUUCCUGGCAGAUGAAAACCGAACUUUCUCCCUUUAUGUCAUAUCAUGUCUUUUGUCAAGACAUUGACAGCAGUCUAGGCUUAACAUUCGUUGAAUGUUGUAACAACCCUCUGCUGAAGUCCAGUGGCCCUGAGCUGUCAGAGUUUACCUGUUCUGUGAAGACCUCUAACCCUUCCCAGUUAACCAUGGAGCUGAGGCCAGUGUACUACAGUAGGACAUUUGUGGUGACAGAGAAUAUUCAACUUCCGCGACCCGACCCGGUCAAGGUGGAGGCAGACGGUGUUGUCAACAUAACCUGGUCUUUACCAGAAGUCGAUGAAGAUCUUAACUUCCAAAUCCAGCUACAAAUCUGGACCAACAAGAGCUCAGUGCUCUAUAACAUUACUCGGGGGCAGAGCAGGUUUGAGAUUCUCUCUAGCUCUCUACAACAUUCAACUCAGUACCUGGCCUACAUUAGAUUGCAGCAUAUACCUGAUCCUGAUCCUGAUCCUGAGGUUAAUUACGUAGUUUUGCCAUCAGAAUGGUCUCAGCCAACACCAUUUACCAACAACCGAGCUUCAUGGCCCAUCAGCUACACAAUCUACAUAUUGACUAGUGUGUUUGUGGCUGUGCUCUUCGUCAUCUUGUAUAACGUCCUUCCAGCCUGUCAUAGAAGGAUAGAGUUAUGGAAGGGAUCGAUUCCAUCGCCCUUAAACAGCAGAGUAAUUGAGGGAAUGAUCAAGAAGUCUUCCACUGGAUGGCCGGAUCUUCAAAGUGAGAAAGAGAAAACUUCAGCGUGUGUCCUUCAGGCUACAGAUGAUAUCAGCAUCUGUAAAAACAGUGUCUCUGGGAAGCCACUUCUAUUAUACAGUGAAGACAUGAAUUUAGACACUACCACUGUCAAAAUUCGAUGGUCAGAUGGAUCAAACCACUUCCACUCCUACGUGGGGGAUGGUAUGUGCCAAGACAAAUCAGGCAUGAGCUUCACUGGGCCCUAUAUUCUUUGCUGUGAGGACUCCAGCCCCAAGGACAAAAUAUUUGACGUGCCCUCUGAUGGAGAUGGCACAUGCAUAUCUGGGACGUCUGAGAAUUCUGCUCCAAUAAAUGGAGGAUAUGUUAUGACUCCUCCCACCAGCAAGCCUGAUAUUCAAGACUCCGCCCCCUCUAAGAUUUCUCCCAUUAACUUUUCAGAUGAUCCCCCCGAGUACACCCCCAGUGUGGAUCAUGGUAGUAUGGUCCUCCCUCAUCCAUCUGGCUACUUCAUGCUGCCAGUGGGCCACGACACUGGUAUGGGCCAAUCAGAGCCAAGAGGGUAUGUGACGCUGGGUAAGUCUGGAACAUAAUGAUCAAAUGACUGGUGGCUUGGCGCUUUUAAAAAGACUGCGUAAACUCAAAGCAGCUUUUAAUGAGAGGGGUUAAAAUGAGAGGACCAGGGCUUAAAGAGGACAUGAUAUUGAGCACAAUGAAUGUAUUUCCCAUUUUUGCUUUAUAUAAACUGUCACUUUAAGAGCAUAGUCUUGCUGUGGAUAAACGGUUUACACGCUCAUUCUGAAGGGCUUGAAAGUCUCACUGGAUCAUAGAAAAUCAGUAAGAGUUGAGUUAAAGCUAUUAUGCAGUUGUGCUAUGUCAGUCUGACCAACAGAUGACAGUGUUGUGUAAAAUGAAUGUAAAAUGGUCUCUCCAACUAUAGUGAACAAUGCACUAGUUGAGAAUGUAAAUUUCUGUCUUUGCCUCACAUCCCAAUCCAGAAUGUGUUUUAUAUCCAUUAUUUCUUCAAUAAUUAUUAUUUUUUAAUUAUCAUACUGAAAAAAGUAAAUAAAAAGUAACUAUUAUACAUAGAGUGCAUCACGAGUAGGCCUAUACUGUUCUUUUCCGUUUUUAACCAUGUUUAGAAAAUUAUGGGAAAACUCACUCUUAAAAAUAUCUGAUAAGUAAUACAGCCUAGGUUGACUAAUAGUUUUUUCUUCAUUAAUUAAUGUGAUUACUAAAAUAGUAAUGUUGUGUUGUGUUGAUUGCUUCUACUGUGACUUGGUUUGUAUUAUUUCAAAUGUAAUUAUAAAGAUGUGCUUGAAAAUGAACCAGAUGUUCCAAAUGGUUCAUGCAUUCCUUACGUGUUCUUAAGCAGAAGUGUUUGCAAACUAUUUUUACCCAAACACCAAAUAUUAAAGAUUUUGC